AUGCUCGCUGCUUUAGUUUGCAAGAUUAUCGCCCUGCAAGCGUGUUUUUACCGCUUUGGUGUCGCGGCCUCCUCUGCUGCAGGUCAGGAAAGUUCACCGUGGUUCGUGAGGUGCAACAACGCCGGGUCCAUCGAGCUUUCUGCAGCCCGGGGAGCCGGUGACCCUGACCGGCUGCUCUGCUCCGUCCGCUGCCCGGAUCAAAGGUACCAGGUUGCAGCAUUGUCUUCAGAGACUUGUUACUGUGGCAACCAGCUGCAUGGUCUGGUGGUCAGCGGCUGUUUCAACACAUCGUCCAGCCAAAGGACAAAAGAGUUGAGAGUGGGAAGAGAAAAACAAAGUGCCCUGCAUCGGCCGGAAGGCAGCAUGGUGCUCUUUGGAAGUGAAGGACCUUUUCUGCUCCACCUCAGAGCCUCUCCAGACAUGGUGCAUGCUGGGAGAACCUUUGUUGUGGAUGUUUCUGGAAACCUGUGUGGACCUCCCAGUCAAUGGACAGGACUUGGACGGGUGGAGCUGUCUGUGGAGACUCCCAAAGGUCAAAGAUCAUGUCAUGUCAACAUUUCACAGGACGGUUGGUUUACUGUGCCUUCUGACUGGAUGUUGAAAAAUCCAGGAAAAUAUGAGAUCAAUGUCUGUGUCUCCAGCCCCCUCUCCACUCUCUCCUCCAGCCUCCAUUUGUCCGUCUCACAGCUCCCUCCAGACGAUGAAGCGAUUCCUGUGGAAAUCUCUGCCAGCAUCCUGCUCACAAAUCCAGGCUCCAUCCAGGCGCUUGUUGAGGUAGCAUGCAGGGGCGAGCCUGUCUCGCUGCAGGCGUGUGUGAGUGGAGGACUGGUAACACGGCUCCAGUGGCGGUUCACUCACGAGGACAAAGACAAAACCACAGGGGGACGAGGGACAGAGAGCCUCUCCGGUCCCAACAGCAUUGUGAGUUGGACCUUUGACACAGAUGGAGUUCAGGCCGUGUCAGAGAACGCCUCCAGUGGGUUUGAAUGGACACAAGAGACGGUGGACGUGGUGGUUGUACCUCCUUCCUUUGACGCAGACACGCAGGUGUUCACCACCAUCAAACCUCCACUCGUCUUCAAACUCUCACUGGAGGCAGAGUACAACCGCAGCUAUGAGAUUCAUAUCAACCUCAGCCGUGGGGAGAAGCGCUGUAACCAUGCUGUAAGGAUUUAUGCAGACAAGCAAGCAUAUCGCACAAACACAGAUGUACUCUUCACGGCUGUGGCUGAUGUACCAGACCCUGUAGAGUUUCUCUGGGACUUUGGAGAUUCGGUGUCAGCCAGAACCACCUCAAGGACCAUCACUAAAAGAUAUCACCACCCCAGAAGUUACAGCGUGGUCGUGGUUGCGUCCAGCGGUCACAUGUCCAUCACCUCCGAUGUGUUCCUGCUGGUGGUUGAGAGAGCGGUGAGGCUCAACAGGCUGGUUCUUCCGGCCUCAGUCCUGCAGAACCAGACGGUGACGUUGAGCUGUCGGGUCACCGUGGGAACCAACCUCAGCUUCCUGUGGAGCUUCGGAGAUGGAACAGCCAGGACUGGACUGAGCACAGAACAGCACGUCUUCCACAGAACGGGGGAGUUCAGAGUUGAGGCGACUGCCUCUAACCUGGUUAGUUCAGCGUCUGUCAGCAGCCUUCUGUUUGUUGUGGACCGGCCUUGCCAGCCUCCGCCAGUCAAAAACAUGGGGCCUCUCAAACUGCAGGUGCGGCGACAUGAGGUCCUCCGACUGGGAGUGACGUUGGAAGCAGAAGUCGACUGUGACGUGUCAGGAAACCUUCACUACACCUGGACCUUAUUUGACUCUGCAGGCCAACGCGUCCCUUUGCCUCUCAUAAACACACACAGACAGGAGCUAGUCCUGCAGAGCCACAGCCUCCGUUAUGACACCUACACGGCCCUGGCGAGGGUACAGAUCAUUGGCAGUGUGGUGUACAGUAACUACACGGUGAGAGUUCAGGUGAUGCCAAGCCCCCUCGUGGCUCUCAUCCAGGGCGGCACCAACAUCUUCAUUGACAAGAAGAGCACCAAUGUGGUAACUCUGGACGGAAGAGCGUCGUAUGAUCCCGACUUCCCCUUGCAGCCACUCAGCUACAGCUGGACAUGCAAGCCAGUCAGCACCAUCACCAGCUCCUGCUUCAACCAAACCAUUCCCACUUCAAGCCCUCUGCUCAGCUUUCCUGUCAGCCUCUUGAAACAGAACUUUGACCAGUUCCAGCUCACGUUCACCGUCCACAGCGGAGAGCGUUCAGCUUCAUCAGACACCUUCCUCUGUGUGACAUCAGGCCUGGCCGGGAGGGUGUCCAUUAGUUGUCUUCACUGCCAAGGAGACCACGUGAACUCGGAUCAGGCUUUCUCUGUAAGUGCAGUGUGUGAGGACUGUGACAUCGCAGCAGAGCUCAUCCAGUACAGCUGGAGUCUGUAUCUGGUCAAUGCUUCCUCCAAGCCUGUCAUAGAUGUCCCAUUUUGUUACACAGUAGACAUCCGCGUCCCAGCUGCCAUCGUGGAGAAUCCUGUUACAUCCACUCAGACUGCUGAGAGUUCAGCCCUCCACCACCCCGAUGUACCCGAGUCACAGUCUGCCCGUGAUGCCCAUGUCUCUCCCUCCACACCUUUGGAGAAUUGGUCCGAAAAGCAGAAUUUUGAGCCGGGUGACAAUGCAGCAGCAUCACACAAGGACAGAGAGUCCUCCAUGAGUCCGCUUGUGUUUGAAAAUAGCAAUAGCCCAUAUCCAGACGAUGCUGGCCGGGGCGGCUUUUUCGGUGAAUUUCCAGGGGACCCCGACUCCUCUGGAGACUGGGACUUUUCCUUUCCUUUCCUGGAGAGCGGUGAUUUAAAUGGUCGACAAAAUGAUUAUGAUGUUCCCUUCCCAACUGCCGUAGAAGGAGACCCGGGGAUGUCAGCAGGAAGAGCCACAGAUGUAGAUUUUGAGAAGUUUAGUCUGGGAGGAGACUCCGCAUGUGAUCCAGCAACACACAGAGAUGAAGGGAGCGACCUGGUGAUUCCCAAACCAUUUGACGUGAUUCUGGAGCCGAGUUUGCUCGACUUACACCGAGACGCGGUGGACAGAGGCCUCUUUGAGUCCUACACUUACACAGGAAUCUCCUCCUCUCUACUCAGAUUCAGACCUUUCAGUCUGAGGCCGGCGAACAGAUACAUGCUGGAGGUCAUUGCUAAGUUUGAGAAGAGAUUUCUUGGGCGGACUCAGCUUUUUUUAAAGACCAGCUCUGCUCCGAAGGGCAUGAUGUGUCAGGUGCAGCCCGACAGAGGAACAGAGUUAGACACACACUUCGGCAUCUUCUGCACCUCGGGGAGGGAGGACUUACUGUACAAGUACAGCUUCAGCGUUGCAGGAAACCACCCCAGGAUACUUUACCAAGGCAGAGACUUCCAGUACUACUUCAGCCUUCCUUCAGGCGACCCUGGUGAUGACUAUAAAGUAAAUGUCUACACUGAAAUCAGAAGUAGCUCAGAUGGAUCCGCCACCCAACCCUGCUCUGUCUCGGUCCAAGUCAAGCCGAGCUUCGUCAGGAGCAGCGUCUCCCCGUCGUCCAAUCAGGAUCCAGAUCUGGAGCUGUGCGAGGCAGGUUUGAGGAACCUGUCGAUGCUGGUGCAGCUCGGGAACGCUGCAGAGAUUCGUAACUACGUCAGCCUCCUCUCCAUCGUCCUGAACAGACUGAGCCUGGAUGCUGACGCCAACACACAUACACAGAGCCAUAUGCGCAACGUGCUCAUUUGUACUGUGUGCCGACUUGAGAGCGGUGAACAGGUAUCAGUGGAAGACAACAUCUUCCUUCUGAAUGAGCUGCUGCAGUUUCCCCGUCAGGUGACAUUUGCGAGUGCCAGGCAGAUAACGGCUCAUAUUCGUGGCAUGUCAGAGCAGAUUUCUGAGUCCGGGGCUCCUGACUGGCACCAGAGGAUGGUCGGUACUCAGGUCGGCUUGCUUUCAAAAAACCUUCAUGUGGUCAUCAGUCACGAUGAUUACGCUCCUGAAACACUUAGCCGUGCUGACCUAAACCAUGCACAUAAGCAUUGUAAGACAGAGGCAUCGACCGGGCCUCACAUCAAACAAGAGGGAUCGAUGCCAACAAAGAAAGUGGUUCAGCUUGUAGAUGAUAUACUGCAGACCGCUUCAGAUUUGAUGCUGAAUCCCAUGUUGUUUCACGAGACCAGUGACUUCAGAGUUAGCACUGAUCUCAUGAGUUUGUAUGCUGGGUACCAAAACCAAACCUCCUCCGUCAUCAGCUGCGGCUCCACCACUUUCCACAUGCCCGCAUCCUUAACUGAGACCCCAUAUCUUCGUCAUAUUGGAGGAACUCAGCGACGAGAGCAACGGCUCUGCGUCCGCAGAGUGGUGACUGAGCUCGCCAACUCUCCUUAUACCUGGGCAACAUAUCCCACACAGCUGAGUGGACCAGUGGUUGAUCUCAGUCUGUAUAGAUGCACCACGAGGAGAAAAGUCCCCGUCCGCCUCCUCCUUGAACCAGUGACUGCUGAGCUCCAGCAACCGCAGAGAGACAAGAGCUCUGUGCCAGAGCACAUCCUCCUGCGCAGCCAGAUCAACUACCACAACUUCACCGUUACCCAGGAGCUCUUGCAGCGAGCCAUCCAGGUGACUGUGGUGUUCACGCCACCGCCCAGCAAGGCAUUUCCCAUCAUGCUUCUCUUCAGGAUGUUUGAGAGGCCAACUCCCAGCAUGCAUCACUUGCAGAGAAUUCAGCAGUGGGAAAGCAACAGCACACGCAUCACUCUGCCCCCAUCCUACCUCAGUGUUGCAGGGGUGGGUCACUUAGCUCUCCUUGAUGCUGAUUUUGAGAAAAGGAAGCACCAGAGAAAGCAGAUAAGCUACAGCCUAACAGUGGACAGCAGUCUGUGUCUGUCCUGGGACGUCCUGCAGGGGGCUUGGACGCACCGCGGCUGCAGGACAAAACAAAAUGAUGCUAAAUCUACUGUCAACUGCAGCUGCCACCAGUUAAGGCCUCUGACCGUGUUGCAGCAGCAGAUCCAGACCAGCCGUGACAAAGCUGAUCUGGACCUUUUCGUAAGCAGGUCCAGUGAUCUGACUGUGCUGGGUAUCCUGAUGCUGGGCCUGUGCCUGUACAUCCCCGGGCUGGUGUGGUGUAAGAGAGCUGAUGUCAUCGCUGAGGAGAAUCAAAGAGUCCACUAUCUUUCAGACAACUCCCCGACUGAUCAAUACCUCUACGCUGUAACGGUGCACACUGGACUCUGCUCUGCAGCCCGUAUGACCGCAAAGGUUUUCAUAGUGCUGUAUGGUGACGAUGGAUUCUCACAGACUAAAGAACUUCAAGUCCCAGGAUGCACUCUUUUCAGAAGGAAUUGCAAAGACACCUUUAUAUUGAGUGCAGCAGACAGUCUGGGCUCUCUGUGGGGGGUUCACAUCUGGCACGACAACUCCGGCCCUUCGCCUGACUGGUACCUCGAUGUACUGGAGGUAUCAGAGGUGAAGAGCGGGCAGGUGGGGGGACGCUCUUGGUUGUUUGGGGGUCAGUGUUGGUUGGCCGUGAACAAAGGUGAUGGGCGGGUGGAGAGGAUGCUGCGACUACGCACUCAUGGAACAGGCUUUGCAAAAAUGUUCUUCGACUACCUGGCUGAUUUCCACAUGUGGAUGUCUGUAUACAGCCGUCCUUGCCCAAACGCCUUCACACACACUCAGAGACUUAACCUAUCUCUGCUACUGCUGAUGGGGUACGGCUGCGUCAACGCCGUGAUCGUCUCACUCACGGAAGAUCGGCUGCCGUUCCAGUUGGGUAUUAUUGAUUUAUCAACUGUUUCCAUAACGACGGGGCUCAUGAGCGUGGCAGCUGUGUCACCUGCAGCAGCAGUCAUAUCUUUCCUGUUCAGACUCGGGGGAAUAAAGAUAGCAGGUUCAGGAGUCCUGCAUGCAAACAACACGUUUCCUGGAAAGCAUCAUUGUGAAGAUGCUGUCUCAGUAACUGACAGAAGUGAAGUUAAAUCAGAGCCCCAUCUCACCCGGACUGGCCUCCAGCAGAAACUCCAGGACAUCAACCUCAUCUCCAUAGCUGCUUCAAUCCUGGAAAGUGAAGACAGAGAUGAGAAACCUGUGUUCCGGCCAGACGUGGUCACGAGGGGCGCGGUGGAGGAUGCUCCACAGUCUGAGAGCAGUGUGGAACUAUUUCUGGUUUCCAAGUGGUGUGAUGCCGAUCAAACCCCUGAAUCUUUACCCGAGAGCAUCAGGUCUCGUGGAAGCCUUAAAGCCACGAGGGAAGACCUUCAGAGUGUAGAAAUGAAGCGAGCGCUCAGACCGACGUCCCUGUGGUGUUGCUACCUGGCCUGGGCGCUGUGUCUGAUCUCCUCUCUCUCCUGCCUGCUGCUGGCUGCAGCGCUGGGACUCAGAUUCAGCAGCGCCAAAGUUCUCCUUUGGAUACAUGCUCUUUUCAUCUCUCUUGUGUCUUCCAUCUUCCUCAUCCAGCCAGCAGUGAUACUUGCCGUGGCAGUUGUUGUGUCGUGUUGGCGGAAGAGCCGCUCAGAGUUUCAUUGUUUUAUCAAUGAAAGAGAUUUUCCAACAGGGAUUUCAAGAAAGUGGAUCCCCGACGGUGCUGAAGACCCAGAAGAACAGCUCAGAACUUCGGCUCUCUCCCAGAAAAGGUCUUCAGAGCUGGAAAAGCUCGAAGCUCGCCAGCGAGCUCGGUACCUGCGUCUCGUCCGCCCGCCUGCUCAAGCAGAGCUGAGGAAGGCUCGGGGGAAGCGAAGGAGAGAGGCUCUUAUCCGUGAGACCCUGAGGGAUUUCUUUCUCUGCACCACCAUGCUUUUGCUGAUGCUGUGUGUAACCUCUGGAAGCUCAGCCCAAGACCAUUACCAUCUCAACAGAGCAGUCAGGAGGCAUUUUAUGAGGAACCACGAUAAUGGUUUUAUGUCCAUAACAAGUCACGAGGACUGGUGGAAGUGGGCACACAGAAGUCUGCUGGAUUUUAUAUACGGGAACUCAUCAGCCAAAACUGAGCAGUCGUGUGUUGUGAUUGGAGCUCCAGUUGUCCAGAAGACAGAGAUGCACGACUCAUUUCAGACUCAGGUUCCCAUGGCAACUCUUCCAAGGACACGUGAUGCCACUCGUUUCUCUGCAGAACCAUUUUCCACUGUUCACUUAGGCCCCACAAAGUUUGAUGCUGCAUCAAAACUGAGGCAUCUGCAAUCUAGGGGCUGGCUGAGUGGACAGACGGUGGCCCUGAAGGUUCAGUUUACCUUGUACAGCGCUGCUCCGAGCCUGUUCAGCAGCGUGGUCCUGCUCGCUGAGCAGAGCCAUGGAGGCGCGCUGCUGCUCUCUGCCCGGGUCCAGUCAGUGAGGCUGCAUCACACUCCUGCUGCCUGGGACUCUGUUGUCAUGCUCUGCCAGCUCCUCUUCCUCCUACUGUCUGUACUGCAACUCUGUCAUCAAGUGUGUGCUGCUGCCCAGCAAGGGCUGAUGGGAUACUGGAGGAGACCCUGCUCCUGGCUGGAGGCCAGUCUGCUGAUAACGACACUCGUCUGUUAUGUCUCUUACACUCAUCGCUCCACGAUGAUCGCUGAAGUGCUGCAGAGACGCCACGGAGGACAUGUUGAUGUUAGCGUCCUGGCCGCCUGGGAACAAUUGUUACGUUCAGCUCGUGGCAUCACCGUCGUCCUUCUCAGCGUGAAGUGUGUGAUCGUGCUCAGAGUGAACCGGACUUUAGCCCCCUUGGCCACAGUCCUCUCUCAGUCCUUCUCCAGGCUCUUCAGGCCGGCGAUUUCAGGCCUCAUCCUUGCGGUGGCGUUGACCUGCUCGGGGAAUCUGCUGCACAUACAAAGCUCCUGGGCUCUCAGCGCGGGUCCCUGUUCCCUUCUGAAGCUGCUCUGUCGCUACCGAGGACUUCUCAGCCUGACCUCUGCAUUCUGGACUGCACUGGCGGCUGGUGCGAUGUCCUCACUGGUCAGGAAGGCCAAUAGAGCUCAGAGCAGGAGGAGCGACCUCACCGCAGCAGAAGUGUUACGCUUCAUUGGAAAAAGCUUUAGUGGGAAGCAGAAACAAGUAGGGGCUGAUUAUCACGAGGAAGGAAGGACUGCUGUUCUGGAAGAGGCUGAAAGCUUAGUCGAUGAACUGUUGUUCAGACUCAACGCCCUCUCAAGCAGCCUGCAUCACACUCUGCCCCCCAAAGCCCACCGCUACACAGAGGACGACGCUUCUGUCAUCUCAAACACACCUGAACUCUCAGACAUGGACGCACAGAACUGGAUGAGAUCCCAGAUGAUGCUGAAGCCCCCACAUGUGUCAAAUGGAGAGGAGUCCGCAUCCUUCCUGUUCAGGUCCCAGUUUGAAGAGGAGGUCCAAAAGGUCCUACCCCACAGAGGCCACAUGAGACACAGCCCUGCAGAGAUGUCUGAGGCAAUGGAUGAUGAAUUAAAGAUUAAAAACUGCCAGACCUGCCCAGAGUCAACAACAAGCAGAAACCACUGCUUAAGUAGAGCUCAGGCCAGGAGUUCGGAGGUGAUGGUGGAAGUUCUGGUCCAUAAGGAUCCUGGAGCAGCUGAACCAGAUUUACACUGGGGUCCUUAA